AGUCUUGACAAGCUCUAAAUAAAAUCGAAAACAUUCCACUUUCGUGCGUGAAAAAAUCACCUUUUGCAAGAAAAAAAAUCUUCAGAGGAAAAUUGUGUAGUGAGUGCGUGUGAAAAUGCCCUGAGCUCCCUUACUUUGUACCAAUAUUGGUGAAGAAGCCCUUUAAACAACAUCUGCUGCUGAAAAGAAUAAUUUAAAUAUCCGUCUGCCAGGGCUCUAUAGGGGAGCAGAGAGAAAAUCGGCUGCAAGAGGCCCCCGUUUUUGGUCACCCCGCAUUUAGUGUGUUGUAGCCACAGAGGAAACCGCGAGUGGGUGAUUAAAUGUGAUAAGAAAACAGCUCGCGGUGGAAGUGGAAAAGUUUUGCACGCGAGUUUACAUCAGUCGCGAAGAGUUUUUCAUCAUACUGUGUGUGCAACAUGGGUAGAAGUAUUUGGCAACAUCUGGGAUUUGGGAUCAUCCUGGUGACCUUCUUCGCCACCAGUGGGUGCUACGGCCUCAAAGUGAAUGAUGAAAAUUGCCCCCAAAUCCUCAACUUUGUCUUCAAGGGCUACACUCCAAUAGGCCUCAAAGCUGGGAAUUUCUCUGAGAAUCAUCAAGCACGAACGCUGGAAGCUUGCGUUCAGGCUUGCUGCGACAAUGGAGCAGAAUGCAACAGCGCCUUCAUGUUCAACGGCACAUGCUACCACGUAAAGUGCGUGAAUGAUCAGCUUUGCCUGCCACUGAGACGCUACCCGAACAACACGAAGCUGUACAUGGUGCUCGUGAAUCCCGUGAGUGACGAUCAAACGUGGCCGGAUUUGCUGAGGCAAGCCGAUGCGCAGGAGUUUCAAUCGCCCUCUGAUGUCAUUGAUGAGGCCAAACAGCACCCGUCGUACUACCCGGAUAACUAUGAACUUGUGAAUAGAAUGCUCAGUUCACCGUAUGUCGAUGAUGCUGCUGCUGCAGCUUAUGGGCUUGAGCGGUACAUUGGGGAGGAGUCCCAGGUGGACAAGGUGAAGGUUUACCCAGGUCGAGAGGCCAACAACGUGGUGAUGUGUGAAGUUGGUGCGGAUAAAUGUGGGAAGAAUGAGCAUUGCCGUGCUGUUUCUGAGAAAUCUCGAAAUGGAUUUUGUGAUUGCCUCGAAAAUUACGUCCGGAAUGAGGAUGGAGCGUGUGUUGCAGUACGAGGAGCCACGGAUAAGCAGUACUAUGACAAAUACUGGGAUGCAUUGAAUACAGAAGCGGGGAAAGUUGAACCAAAUCCCAAACCUCUGACAAAUGGGGAUGCAACGGAUGGGGCAACGAAGCAAAUAACCGUGUCUGUUGUGUCGAAGGAUGUUCGAUUGCCUGAGAAGGAAGUCACCUUGUCGGCAUUCACAAUUCCCGAUGAACAAUCCAGUGGGGAUAAGUAUAAGUAUCUGUGGACACUGGUGUCACGCCCGAGUGGCGAUAAUGGCACAAUAACCGAUCAAACAAAGGACAAAGUGAAGCUCUCAAAUCUCUCCGAAGGACUCUACCAAUUCAAGGUAACUGUGACGGGGAAUGGUUCGUACGGCGAGAGUUAUGCCAAUGUAACAGUUCUGCCGGCAAAGAGGAUAAAUAAGGCUCCAACAGUGAUCAUUACACCCAUCCAGCAGACAGUUAAACUCCCCAAUAGUGGAGCAAUUCUCGAUGGGAGUACAAGCAAGGAUGACGAUGCCAUUGUUUCGUGGCAUUGGGAUCUCGUUGAGGGACCCAUUGGGUAUCAACCCAAACUCCCGGAAACGGCCACACUUCAGCUGUCGGAUCUCACAGCUCCCGGAAACUACACGUUCAAGCUGACGAUCACUGACUCCGACGGUGUGCAGAAUUCAACAACAGCCAACAUUACCGUUCUCAAGGGAAUUGAUUAUCCCCCCGAAGCCAAUGCGGGCCCUGACGUCAUCCUCUACCUACCACACAACAACAUCACCCUCAAUGGCUCCCUCAGCACUGAUGAUCGCGAAAUUGUUGCGUGGGAGUGGACAAAAGACUCAACGGAUGAAUCAAAGGCGGUUGAUAUGCAAAACACCCGGACACCCUUCCUGCAGCUCUCAAAUCUCGAGGAGGGAAUCUACAAGUUUGUCCUCAAAGUCACAGAUGCAAGUGGGCAGAGUAGCUCAGCUACUGUUCAUGUUUUCGUGAAGCCACCCACAAAUCUUCCACCCAUCGCCAAUGCUGGCAAGAAUAUUACAAUCAACCUCCCACAAAAUUGGGCUACGCUCAAUGCUUCAGAAUCAAGUGAUGAUGUAAAGAUCUCCUCAUAUAGCUGGAAACAAAUCUCCGGACCAUCCACAGCAUCAAUUCUCAACAGCAAUGCAACGGUGGCUAAUGCAACAGCCUUGACCCUCGGUUCGUACGUCUUUGAGGUCACAGUGAUCGAUGCGAAUGGGAACAAUGCCACAGAUCGUAUGACGGUGAAGGUAAUUCAGGAGAAGAAUAGCCCACCCGUUGCAAAUGGCGGUGGAGAUCAGAACAUUGUUCUGCCGCAGAGUGUAAUGAUCCUCAAUGGGAGUAAAUCCACGGAUGAUCUUGGAAUUGUCAACUACACGUGGACCAAGGAGGGUGGAAGUGUUGCCGUGGGCACAGUAAUUGGGAAUACAGAUCACGAGCCAGUGCUCAUGGUUACGGAUCUCGUGGCAGGGCGCUACGUGUUCCGUCUCACUGUAACAGAUGAUCAGGGAUUAUCCUCCAGUGAUACUGUUAGUGUGAUUGUACGUCCAGAUCCGCUUCUGCUGAAUCUCGUUGAAGUCACCUUGGUGACUGAGGCGACAAUUCUCACGGAGAGUGAAUUGAUAACAAUUCAGCAAAAGCUUGAGCUACUCCUGGGGGAUAACAGAAGACUCCAUAUGCGUGAAUUGAAGCGUGAACAGAAGACAAAUCAAGCCAUUAUGGUGUUCUUUGUGGAGAACACGGAGAAUCGCGAGGGGAAACUCAAUCUUGUACCCGGAUUGGAAGUUGAGAAGAUCCUCAAGGAGAAAUUUUGGCGUGAUGCCAGUAUCCUUGGAUCCUCCUUGUCUGACAUACGAACGACUGUGUGCCAAAAUUCCUGCUCUGAUCAUGGUGUGUGCAACAGUGAGACACGCUCCUGCACCUGUGACACCUUCUGGAUGCCCGAUGUCUUCUACUUCUGGGGCAUCAGUGAUGCCAAUUGUGAUUGGUCCAUCUUGUAUGUAAUUAUUGGGAUUUUUGUGCUCUUCCUCAUCCUCUCGGGGAUUUGCUGGAGUAUCACGUGUAUGUGCCGAAAGACAAGGAAUCAUCCGCGUUCGAGGAAUAAACCAACAAAAUAUUCCCUCCUUGGAUCGCAUGAUGAUGAAUUGCCGCCGUCACGCCGAGGGACGGUUCUCUCGGAAACAGACACAGACUCCGAUGUUCUCUUUGAGACACGUUCCAAGCAAAAUGGUUCAGCACGUCUCAAUGGUGAUGCAAGAAAUGCCGCCAAUAAGUACGCCGUAACACGAUUGGGAAGACGGGUUAAAACAUAGAUUUUCCCACCAAAGUUAAGAGUGAGUGAACUCACUUGAAUUGGCCUUAAGAAACAAAUUAACCCGAAGAGUGUGGCAACAUUCCAAUGUUACAGAGAGAGAGUUGCUUACCCCCUCUUUUCUUUAUUGAUUAAAAAAAAAAAGAAAGGUUUUUAUGAAAAAGAAAAA